GUUCGGAGAGGACCCGGCCGCAACUUUUGCAGAAGGGGGCGUGUGAUCUAGUGAGAGCUCGGGGUCCGGGCGGCUGCUGCUGCUGCAGGGGGGAGGGGAAAGAGCCGAGCCGGAGAGAGUCCCAGUCCUGCUGGUGCCUGGUGCAAGGGGAGCAGUAGCUGCAGUGUGCGAGCGGGGAAGGAAAGGCGCAGAAGAGACCUUGCAACUCGCUCGCUGGGCUUCACCUUGUGACUCCCGAAGGCUCGCGUGGUGGGGCAGGGAAAGGGCUGGCACACACAAAGAAAUCGCUCCAAGCCCGGCAUGGUGCAGCAAGCGGAAAGUACAGAGACUGAAAGCAACCUGCCUCGGGAGGCGAUGGACACCGAAGAGGGCGAGUUUAUGGCAUGCAGCCCGGUCGCUUUGGAUGAGAGCGACCCGGACUGGUGCAAAACGGCUUCAGGGCACAUUAAGAGACCGAUGAAUGCGUUCAUGGUGUGGUCUAAAAUCGAGAGGAGAAAAAUCAUGGAGCAGUCUCCGGACAUGCACAACGCGGAGAUCUCCAAGCGCCUGGGCAAGCGGUGGAAAAUGCUGAAGGACAGCGAGAAGAUCCCCUUCAUCCGGGAGGCAGAGAGACUGAGGCUCAAACACAUGGCCGAUUACCCCGACUACAAAUACAGACCCAGGAAAAAGCCCAAAAUGGACCCAUCAGCCAAGCCCAGUGCCAGCCAGAGCCCGGAGAAAAACGCACCCACCAGCAGCAGCAAAAGCGCCAAGAGCUCCAGUAAGAAAUGUAGCAAGCUGAAGUCCUCCUCCUCCUCUCCCGCCAAGCCCGGGGCUAAAGCCACCCACCCCGGGGACUACGCGGGGGAGGACUAUGUCUACGGCACCCUGAAAGUGAGCAGCAAAACCGUCAAGUGCGUCUUCAUGGACGAGGAUGAUGAAGAGGAGGAGGAGGAGGACGAGCUGCAGCUCAGGAUCAAGCAAGAGGCGGAGGAGGACGAGGACGAGGAAGACGAGCAGCAGCAGCAGAGGCGAUAUAAUGUAGCCAAAGUCCCGGCCAGUCCCACCUUGAGCUCUUCGGCAGAGUCCACCGAGGGGGCCAGCCUGUACGAAGAGGUGAGGGGCAGCGCAGCCUCGCACGGCAGCAGCGGCAGCAAUAGACUGUACUACAACUUCAAGAACAUCACCAAGCAGAGCACCCAGCAGCAGCCCAGCCUGUCCCCGGCUUCCUCCAGGUCCAUCUCCACCUCCUCCUCCAGCAGCGAAGAGACGGACGACCUGAUGUUCGACUUGAGCUUGAAUUUCUCCCAGCACCCUCACGCCGCCUCGGAGCUGGGGGUGAGCUCUGCUUCGGGGAACCUGUCUCUGUCCCUGGUGGAUAAAGAUUUGGAUUCGUUCAGCGAGGGCAGCUUGGGCUCUCACUUCGAGUUCCCCGAUUACUGCACCCCGGAGCUGAGCGAAAUGAUUGCAGGGGACUGGCUGGAAGCGAACUUUUCCGACUUGGUCUUCACUUACUGAGCCGCGGGAAGGCGUGUCGCUGAUGAGAACAACCGUGCAGAGAAAUCGGAAAGGAAAGAUGAUGCUGGUGAUGAUGUGAUGGAAGUGGUGGAGUAAAAAAUGAUAUAAUAAAAUGUCUUUUCUUUUAAAAAAAAAGCCUCAAAGUUAGUUCCAAACCGAGCCCGGAGUUAUUUUUUAUUAUUUUUUUUUAAUUUGGUGAUCGCAACAACAACAAAAAGGCAUGGGGGACUGGGGGAAAAAUGAUUCAGAAGUCGAUGUUCGAAGCUUGUCGGUCUGUGAUUGAAGUCUGGAAGAUGGUCUGCAAAGAAGUCUUUUGGCAGCACAACUGUUACUCAAGGGGGUUUGUGGAUUUUUUUUCCCGUGAGAGAUCUUAAAAGAACUGUUCUGAUUUUUUUCUGAAAGGGACCAUUGCAACUUUUUUUGGAGGGAGAAAACUGAUGUCUUCUAUGCAUCCGAUUCUUAACAAAGCUGCAGGGAGCUUGAAAAAAUGCAGACUGUACAAACGCUUACAAAAAGAAAAUAAAAACUGUGAACUGACUUAAGAUCAGAGUUUACUUUUCAGAUCAAAUUGUCUAUGGUUUUACAAAUGUGAUUUCUACUUGCCAACUUUUUUUUUGUAGCUUGUUCCCUUAUACCUCCUUGAUUGAAUACCAGACAGCCUAGACCUCAGUACAAAAAGGUAUUGAAACAUUUUUGAUACAUAACAGACCUCAGUCUUUUUUAAAAAUUAAUAUAUUUUCAGGCGUAUUUUUGUACAGUGAAAAGGGAACAUUCUUGCUGUGUUUUUUCAGUAAGACUUUUCAGGCACUUCUUCCCUUUUAUUUUUUUUCUUUUCUGUUUUUAGCAUGCAAGUUUGUUGGUACGUUACGUCCUGGUUUUAAAAGGAUUAAAAUUUUAAAAAUAAUCCUUGCAUCUAAAGGCCUUGUGGUUUAAAACAAAAAAAGAAACUUUUUUGUACAGCUAUAGUUCAGAUUUGUUCAAUAUUUGUAGGUAAAGAUUUAUUGAAAAUGGUGAUAUAGACCUCAGAGCUGUUAUCUUAGUUUAAAAGAUUGUAUAUGUACUGUACUAUAGUAGGACUUUAUGUAUCUCAUACGCUGUGAUAUGUGGAUGGGGCCCCAGAUGGAAGGUAUGAAACUGGAUUCUCGAUUUUUAGCAAAAAAAGGCACAUAGUUAAAAAAAGUUUCUCAUUUUGUGCAAUAUAAUCUAAAGUACAGACCAUCUGCAUAUUUUGUAGCAAAUGAUGGCAAAAGCAGACUUGUGCACUGUCAACAUCAUUGCCUUUUUUUUAUGCUGAAAGUCUGUAUCUUGACAAUUUUAAUAAAUCAGCUGGAACUGAUAGAAACUCGUAUCGCUAUUAGUGUCUGUAGAAGUAACGCUGGCGAUGCCCUGGACCCACGCCCCACCUGCGGAGCUGUAGGCGGCUGUGUCUGCAUGUAGCGGGGGGGAGAGGGAAGAAUGUUAGACAGCUUUUUAUUCCACAAACGUGUGAAAUCGCUGAUUUUACCCCCACCCCGCCCCCCAAUCCGGCUUUCAGCGCCCUGGUAGCCUAGAAGGGGAGACCCCGGGAGCCCACAGAAAGAUGGCGGAGAGGGUCUCAGAGAACGUGAUUCCAGGCACGCUUUAGUGCUAGGUUCUUUGCCCGUUUACCUGCCUUCUGUCAUUGCUGCAUCUCCCCUCGGCGAAGUGGGGGGAUCGCAGCUGAGUGUGGCUAGCGGAGGGGCCCUUUACUGGGGGGGGGGGGGAAAUUCUACUCCUCUCCCCAUCUCCGAGUGGGGCGGGGGUAGGGACACCUUUCAGGCCGAGAUCCGUGCGCGUAGGAGGCGGGGAUGGCUCUGGCUCCCUCCCCCCAAGUAGCGGGGCUCGGCCCUCCAGAGGGCAGCGUCGGGGGCCUGUGCUAGCUAGCUCCCUGCUCGGCCUGGCGGGGUCUCCCUCAGGAUCUCGGAGAGGGGGCUGCGCUGGCUCCCGGGGCUAGGGGGUCCCUUCCACGUGGGCUGUGCUGUGCGGCGGGUUAGGCUGGCUGUGCGCGGAGGGGGUGUGUCCGGCCAUGUGCGGCUAGCGAAGGCUGGCGGCGGCGUUGGGCGCGCUGGUUAUUUUUAGCAGUUUCUCCCCCGGCCCCCAGUCAGUCUUAAACGGGGAAACUGGGAAAAGGAAUCGGGGUGCAGCGGCGGGGAGGGACCGGAGAGCGGCUGGCUCCCCCGGGGCGGGGCGCGCCAGCUUCCCCGCCCUUUUCCACUCCCCACACGCCGGCCGGGGCAGCACGGUGCUGGGCUGGCGGCUGCUUUCCGCCUCCCCGUGCAUCCCUUCCGGAGGGGCAGGCGAGGCAGCAGCGGGUACGGGGCUUCCAAGCUGGGGAGGCCGGCCGCAGCCGGGGGACCCUGCUCAGGAGGGGGCGGGGGCUCCAAGUUUGCCGCAGGGGCGGAGGUGCGGCCAGCUUUGAUCUCUGCCCUGUCGCUUCUGUGCAGAGCUUCCCUCCCUGCCCGAGCCUGGCGCGCACCGGCGCUGCUGGCCCCGAGCUCGCGGAACCAGAGCGCUCUGUCCCCAGCCCGCCCUGCCUCCCUUCUCUUUCAGCGGCCUGGGCGGGCCCGUAGCUACUGAUGUCCUGCCCAGAGGGUGCUGCCGCCCUUCUCAGCAGUGCCACGGAGCUAACCUCCGCCCCGCCGGCAGCUGGAGAACCCAGGGGAUCUGCUCCAAUUCCCUCUUCUUUGCAGUUGCCUUUGCCUGUCUGAGAGCUGGGGCGUGGGAAGGGCGGAUGUGAGCGGCUGCUGCAGAUGAACAGACUUUGUAAAAUGUGCAUUUUUUCCCCCUUAGGAGCCGUCAGAUUUCAGUUUUACAUUUUGAAAGAACUGCUGAUGGCAAUAAACAGACUCAAGGUGGAAGUGUGUUUCUCAAGAAGUUUACUUUUUAUCUGAUAGGCAUUGGUCGAUCCUUUAUCUUUAUCCACUAAUAAAUGAUCCAGCUGUUUACAAGGACAAUUCACUGUGCUGGUAAUUUUGGUGGCAACCACUGCUACAGGCUUUCAGAUUUGCUGAAAAUGAAAAUCCUGCAUACAUAUUUGUAAGGCAUAAUAAAACACAACAUUUAAACCUGCAUGCAUGUUAUGUUUAAUCAAAGACAACUCUUAGGCAUUUAAGUGGUGAGAUAGCUACUUUAGGUUAGUUAAAUAAUCUGGUAGUUAAAUGAUUCAUAUAAUCUGAUCUCUUUCUCAUAAUAAUAAUUUAAAAAACUUACGAUUCUAAAUAAAAGCUGUUUGGCCUAAAUUCUUGCUAUCAGAAAAGAGAUGCAGUGUAUCUGGGAACCUAAAUUUAUGUCUUGCAUUGUGAUAAUUCUUUAUGGGGAAAAAAACUGUUUUAAAACAAACAAAUACAACACACAAAAUAUCCUUGGCAAUGGAUAGUCCUCAAUAAAACAGAGUUUCUUGAAUUUUCAGUUUUUUUGGUCUCAAAUGAUUAGUAUGUUCUCUAUAUAAUUACUUAGCAAUUAGAUUGAAAACAAAUGACAUUUAUCUCUUCUAAGGCAAAAAAAAAAAAAGGAACUAAAGUGCUCUACAGCCUAGCCAUUAGCUGUCCUACUGUUGAAAACCAGUUCAUGUUCAUGGGAUAGGGUGAUCGCAUUAGAUGAUCAUAUUCCAAUCUUUUAAAACUGAGCCAAAAUUCUCUUAGCAAUUCUUCAAGCUAUCAUGAGAGGGUGUGGACAAUUUCUUCCACUCCCUUCUUUCUGAUAUGCAUCCUUGUUUAUUGAAAUGAUAGGCAGUGUAAUUGAACAUUUGUGUUUUGCAAAUGUUCAGUGAGUUAUGUAUUAAUGAUGGUCAAAUCUAAGGUGGAUUCAGUUUGUAAUAAAGUCUAUGUUUCAGCUCACAAAAAAUCUUGAUGUAUUUUUGGAGGGAAUUUUUAAAAUUAUUACGAAGUAUUAAUCAAGGAUAACUAAUAUGAAAUAUCCAAGUAUAGAGCAGUCAGGCAGAUUUUAAAGAGCAACAGGUCUAGUUUAGUCAAAGGAAAAAAACACCCUGCCAAGAGAGUCUUGGAAGAGCUUUUGGAAGGGAACUACAACAAUAUGUAAAAUGAAUAUUUUGAGUGAUGAUGCAAUGAACAGGGGGACAAUACAUAUUUUUUUCCCCAAAAGUUUGACUUUUCAUCCAUUUGAGAGCUUAACUUUGCAUAUUGCCCAAGGAAAAUGAAUGAAUAUUCUAAUUAAGCCACGACACUUUUAGGGCCAGAACUUGCUCCUUGUUGAAAUCAAUGCCUGAACUCCCACUCACUUCAAUGUGAGUAAGAGCAGUCUUACAGUCAAUAAAGAUCACAUCAGCUAGGUUAUCCUCAUAUUUUAUGUGUGGGGUAUUUCUGGUCAAAUUGAAUAACCCUAUUCCCAGUUUUUCCUUUUAAGUAUGCGUAUGAAUUCUUGUUGACUACCCUCUUGGAGAAAUCAUUAUGAUCCAGGCUUAGUGUCUCCCAUUUACUUUCUUAUUGCUGCCCCUGUUUUCAUUUGGUCUCUGUAUAGUACUUUUCUAUGUGUAAGCAGACUUAGGGGCACAAAAGAAGAAACUCAGCUUUUUCCAAUUGGAAAAAAAACAACUUUCUUUACAACACUUAGGAUCUCACUUAAAUAUAAGAUGUAGAAAAGGGUGGUGGUAUUUUUCAGAUUUUGAAAAUGAAUGUUUUUGGAAAGAUAACUUCAAUUGACAUUUUCCCUUUUGGUUGCUUUCUUCUGUUUAGUCUCUCAACUAUAAAAGUACUAACUGUAAAUUGUUUAAAAGGACAAUAUUUUUCAAAUUUAACAGGAAGACAUAUUCAAAAUGCCUUUUAAAUGUCUUGUAGUCUAAAGUGUAGGCAUCCACAUCCACCCAGGGUAAACUUCCCCUACUGAAUGUGGUUUGCAUCUGUGUGUCCUGUUUCUUCGUUCACACAAGUGUAAAUCAAGUGCAACUCUAUAGUUAUCUCAUGUGUGUCCUGUUUCUUCGUUCACACAAGUGUAAAUCAAGUGCAACUCUAUAGUUAUUCUAGUGUGAAACUCUUGUGAGGUUGAAUCAGGGCCAUAUAGUUUCAAGCUAUUUGAUACUCCCAUUACAGUUCAUUCCUUUUCUCUCUACCCUUGCCACAUCUUCAUAUUGAUGCCCUGGUAUGCGCUUAAACCUGCACUUCUUAACAAAAAUUCUCAUUGAGCUUAAUGAGAGCUUUUUGCUUCAAGAAAGAUAUGCAGAAUUGGGCUCCAAUUCUUCCUGUUUUUUUGGAAAACUUAGUUCUCUUUCUAAAUUCCCCUUAAUCUUCACUUAUGAUAAUGACCAGAAAGAAACUCCCUAUAAUGAGUUGCCUUACAUUUCAACUAUACAAUUUUAUUCCUUCAAUUUCUCUUUUUUCCCAAAUUUCAGGCUGUGAUUUUUAAAAUUUAUUAUUUUUUUACACACUACCUGUAUCAAUUAACUGCCUAAUUAGUUUUAUCUUCUCUACAUGGAUGCAGUGAAUUUGUAAGAGAAUUUCACAAGCAAGUAGUUUUUUAGUGAGUUUAAAGUAAAUAGAGUUUUAAAGACCUAUUUUUAUAUUCAAUAUAAAGCACAAAUGUGCAGAAAGUGUAGAAUGACUUACAAAAAAGGGAAACAAAAUUUGUAUUGUUUCAUGUAUAAAAAGUAAUACCUUCGUUGGGUAGAGUUUCUCUUAGGAAACCCAAUACUUAUGCCAGUGCAAAGAUAGGAAUAUUUUAAAAACUCUUAGAAGAUUAUGAUUGACAGUAGUUUCAAAGCAAUGACUUCUAUAUAUAAAAGUAAACCCCUAAAGCAAUAUGGAUAAGAAGGGGUGAGUGGUUUUCAAUGAUGAACAAACAACCUGGAAAUGUGAGAAUGGCUGUUCCAGUGCUUAUUAUUUAAUCAAACUUUUUUGUGCUUAGCUAUUACAUGUGGAUUUUCUGUGAAGUGAAAUCUUGCAGAAUGAAUGAACAUGAGAAAAUCAAGCUACUAAGAUUUGUGAACCUUCAGAAAUUAAGAUUGGUUUGAUUAUCAUGGAAUUACAUUAUAGUAACAUUCACCUCACAGAAAAUCAAGACACAAUGAUUUACCAUCUGAAGAAAUUUGAUCAAAUAAUAAAUACUAUUCCAGGAGCUCCUAUUAUCACAAUUUGAUUUUGUUUCCAUCUUCCUGCAUAUCUCCAAAGCCAAGUUGCCUCAACUCCUGGGUAUACCAGGGAGAAGAGUUAUAUGCCAUUGUUAGCUCAUUUGCAAUUUCUAUCUGGUUUUGCUCUUGUACAUAUGUUGGAAUUUUGGAGUCUCUACAUAAAUGCUGUGAUACUUUUUUUUUUUUGGCAGGGGUGGGAGGCUGUUUUAAAAUGGAGGCCUGUUUUUCCAAUGUGGGACAUUUGAUGGUUACAACAUUUCAAAGAUGUUGCAUGAUGGCCACAGGUGGGGAAAAUUGAAUGUUUUAGAGCCGUUUUUCAGCAUGACACUUUUAAAAUAUGUAAUUUCAAAGCCUUUUCAAAGGCCACAUUAAAUUCAUUUUCAUAGACACUCCAGGUCUGGGGGGGAAAGCUGAAAAGUACUUUUGUUUAGAAGUCUGAGUGAUGGUGGGGGGGGAAACCUUUUCUUAAGGUUUUGCAUGCCAGUGCACGGCCUAUUGCUAUGAGAUAGAAAGAAGAGAGUAAGGCUGCUUGAGGCAAUGCACUGGAGGACAAAGUGUUUUCUAGCACUAGAAAAAGAAAAUGCAUGGCAAAGUUUUGUCUUCUAGUAGACUAUAUAGCAUGCAGAGUUUAGUAUGUGUCAAAACAGUGUAUGACAUUGCUGUAUCAAAGUUGUAAAAUUAAGCAUUAUUUAUUGAAAACUAUGUAUUUUUUUUGUAAAAACCUGAUCAUUUAGAGGAUUAAUAUCAGUGACUUUGUGCUAGUGCUACAAUCUUAACCAGCUUCUUUACUACAGUACUUGAUAUGCAGUGUUAAUGCUCAGGGUUGAAAACAGUCCACUCCAAUGUCUUUUUUUGCAAGAGUUUUUAAAUAAAGGAACAACAUAAUACAAUUGUUCAAAAGACUCUAAUAAAAUUGUGUGAUCAAUCUUCA